GAGAGAGAGAGAGAGAGAGAGAGAGAGAGAGAGAGAGAGAGAGAGAGAGAUAUCUGUAAAUACUGGUUAUCGGCCAAAGCAUUAGUAUCGGAUAUUGAUAUCUGCCCAAUUUUACAUAUCUGUUUAUCCCCAACAAAUUAGUGAUAAAUUAAGAAAUUACAUUAUGUAAAUAAAUGUUUAAAUAAAGCUGAAAAUAAAUAUAUAAAUGACAGGAUGUGAGGAUGUAAAAUUGAAAUUGAAUAAAUAACUAUAUGUUGUGAUUAUUUAUUAAUUUUUUUUAUUCAUUCAUUCAUUCAUUCAUUGUCAGAAAGAGUUGUCCAUAAAAGAGAAUUCUCUGAUUGCACAUUUUGACAUUGACAAUAAAGUUUUUCUCGGUUACAUCAGCAAAGGGUUGACGGAAGUCAGCGGUCACGUGCUUCAGGGGGAAGGCAAACUGGUCAGCAUGGCGUCCUACAUGAAGAUGAUCAGCGCUGCCAGGCAGCUGCACAGAAAACCAGCUCUACUUGACAACCUGUGCAGAGGCAGAGCUGCGGCUAGCCUGAGGGAGUCGUCAGGUGUGAGCCGACCCCCACAGCGCCUCAGCUGCCCCACCGACCCCCACAUCUCUACCGGCGACAGGAUGACAGCAGUCCGACUGACAGGACGGUACCGUUGGGCGCGUGUCACAGCCCUAUCUACGGACCCCUCCGUUCCGCCGACAUGCAGCCCUUUCAUCAUCCAGGCUCGCUUGUACGGGAGCCGGGCCAGCGGGGUAGGCUUCUCCGGGGAGGACGGCGGGGAGAGCGCGGGCUCUGGCGGAGAGGAGUCGGGGGGAGACGACGAAGCCCCCUACAGUGGACCUCAGAUGACGGCUCUUACUCCCAUGAUGGUCCCGGAUGUGUUUCCUAACGUGCCGCUGAUCGCCGUGAGCAGAAACCCGGUGUUUCCUCGCUUCAUAAAGAUCAUAGAGGUCAAGAACAAAGCCCUGAUGGAGCUGUUGAGGAGGAAGGUGCGUCUUGCCCAGCCGUAUGCUGGAGUCUUUAUGAAGAAGGAUGAUAAUAAUGAGUCGGAUGUGGUGGAAUCCCUCGAUGCCAUUUAUUCCACCGGCACCUUCGUGCAGAUCCAUGAGAUGCAGGACUUGGGAGAUAAGCUGAGGAUGAUCGUCAUGGGUCACCGCAGGAUCCGGAUCUCCAGACAGCUGGAGGUUGAUGCUGAGGAGAUGCUAACAUCACCCGAGUGGUCAGAAUCAGAUCCAGACUCCAUGUUGAAAUCCGCGCCGAGACGCAAAUCCAAACGCAGCCAUAAGGAUCCGCCGCGCUCUCUGACAGAGAAGCUGGAAAACAAGGUUUCGGAGGCCCAGCUGGGCCCAGAGCUCCAGCCUCUGCCCUCCUCUGACAUCCUGAUGGUUGAGGUAGACAACGUUCAGCAUGAGCAGUUCACCGUCACUGAGGAAGUCAAGGCGCUUACGGCGGAGAUCGUGAAGACUAUCAGAGACAUUAUUGCACUCAAUCCUCUCUACAGGGAGUCGGUCCUUCAGAUGAUGCAGGCUGGUCAGAGAGUGGUGGAUAACCCCAUCUACCUGAGCGACAUGGGGGCGGCGCUGACGGGAGCAGAGUCACACGAACUGCAGGACGUCCUGGAGGAGACCAAUAUCCCAAAGCGUCUCUACAAAGCCCUGUCUCUGCUGAAGAAGGAGUAUGAACUGAGCAAACUGCAGCAGCGCCUAGGUCGUGAGGUGGAGGAGAAGAUCAAGCAGACCCACAGGAAAUACCUGCUCCAAGAGCAGCUUAAGAUCAUCAAGAAGGAGUUGGGUCUGGAAAAGGACGACAAAGAAGCUAUUGAGGAAAAGUUUAGAGAGCGACUCAAAGACAGGACUGUUCCUCAGCACAUAAUGGAUGUUAUCAACGAAGAACUCAACAAACUGGGGCUGCUGGACAACCACUCCUCCGAGUUCAAUGUUACCCGAAACUACCUGGACUGGCUGACCAGCAUCCCCUGGGGCACAAACAGUGAAGAAAACCUCUCCCUCGAGAGAGCACGAGAAGUUCUUGAAGAAGACCAUUAUGGGAUGGAUGAUGUUAAAAAACGCAUACUGGAGUUCAUCGCAGUGAGCCAGCUCAGAGGCUCCACCCAGGGGAAGAUCCUAUGUUUCUAUGGUCCUCCUGGCGUAGGGAAGACCUCCAUUGCGCGCUCCAUAGCCAGAGCGCUGAACAGACAGUACUUCAGGUUCAGUGUGGGAGGCAUGACGGAUGUCGCCGAGAUCAAAGGACACAGGAGGACGUAUGUUGGUGCGAUGCCCGGCAAGAUGAUCCAGUGCUUGAAGAAAACAAAGACCGAGAACCCCCUGGUGCUGAUCGAUGAGGUGGAUAAGAUAGGUCGUGGUUACCAGGGUGAUCCAUCCUCUGCCCUGCUGGAGCUUUUGGACCCUGAACAGAAUGCCAACUUCCUUGACCACUACCUGGAUGUACCUGUCGAUCUGUCAAAGGUUUUGUUUAUAUGUACGGCCAAUAUUACUGACACCAUUCCUGAGCCCCUCAGGGACCGGAUGGAGAUGAUCAACGUCUCUGGGUAUGUGGCCCAAGAGAAACUGGCCAUCGCCGAGCGUUACUUGGUCCCUCAGCUUCGUAAAGUCUGUGGCCUGACUGAAGAGAAGUCGUCGAUCUCCUCUGAAGCCCUUGGCUUGCUCAUCCGACAGUACUGCAGGGAGUCUGGAGUGAGGAACCUGCAGAAACAAAUAGAAAAGGUGUUCCGCAAAGUUGCAUUCAGCAUCGUGAGUGGAGACCAGAGCUCCGCAACUGUUACACCUGAUAACCUGCAGGAGUACGUGGGUAAACCCAUCUUCACAGUCGACCGCAUGUAUGAUAUCACCCCACCAGGAGUGGUCAUGGGCCUGGCGUGGACCGCUCUGGGAGGCUCCACGCUGUUCAUCGAGACAUCACUACGCAGACCUUGUGGAGGAGCGGAGACUAAAGGAGAGGGUACCUUGGAGGUCACAGGACAACUUGGUGACGUUAUGAAGGAAAGCGCAAAGAUUGCUUCAACCUUUGCCAGAGCCUUUCUUUUUUCCAAAGACCCAGGAAAUAACUUUCUGGUCAACUCCCACCUGCAUCUGCAUGUUCCUGAGGGAGCCACUCCCAAGGAUGGACCUAGUGCUGGCUGCACCAUCAUCACGGCCCUGUUGUCCCUGGCAACCAACCAGUCGGUACGUCAGAAUGUGGCAAUGACUGGUGAGGUGUCUCUAACAGGCAAGAUCCUGCCAGUAGGAGGAAUAAAAGAGAAAACCAUUGCUGCUCGGCGUGCUGGAGUGACCUGCAUUGUUCUUCCUGCCGAGAACAGAAAGGACUUCUCUGACCUGCCGGACUACAUCACAGAAGGCCUGGAGGUUCACUUUGUGGAUCACUACAGUCAGAUCUACCCCAUCGUGUUCCCACAGAACUAAGUUGAACUUUUUAUACAACCUGGAGAAUGAUCAUUUCACAACUCGGUUGACAUAGUAGCCCUGAUUUUUCCCAGUAUGGACACUCGAGUGCCACAGUGGAGUUUGGUACAUUAUUUUUGAUUUCCAAGUGAUCCAGAAGAUCAGCUAGUUUUUGAGCCCUCUGUUGCAGUUUGACUCUGAUUCAGCUGUCGGAGCGAGGACCACUGUGUGAUGGAGGUGGAAGAGUGGGAGGUGAAGUGUUACAUCCAGCUGUGCCGAAGACGAGCAGUAACAGAGAGGGACGACCAACAGCAGGAGCGUCACACGAUAUGUCACGGAUAAUCAGCUGCUAGGCAGCUUCUCUUCCACAGACUUUUAUAUUAAACCAGUUAUUAUACCACAUGUUAAUUUUAUCAUAAUAAAAUGUAAGGAAUCAGUUUAAUGGUCCUGGAAUCUGUUUCUGGGAAGGAGAUUUUAAGUUACUAGUAGGAUUUAUUUAUAACGUUUAUUAAAGUGAUUGGCUCAUAAACUGAAUUAUAUGUAUAAAAAACAGAUAUCACUGGGU